UAGUCCCGGCGCGCGAUUCACAGCGCCGCGUGCGCCCGGGGCGCGCCGUAGCCGCGGGGCCCGGGCCCGGCGCUACGCUACGGAGGCGGCGUAGGAUAGGCUCCGGACGCGGGCCGUGUCCAGCAGGGUCUGGGCGUUUGGCGGCUUGUCCACUCAGCGCGGCGGGCCGGCGGGGCAGGGCGGCCAGUGGCAGAAGUUGUAAGUCAGUCGGCUGGGGCGAGCGGGCCGGGGGCCCUUUCCCCCAGGCCGCACGGACGGAGGAGGCGCCGCCGCCGGGUUGCAGAGCCGGCCACCCUGACUCCUGUGCGGGUGCUCACCUCCCUCCAUGCUCCGGCCGCAUGUGACCGGGCCCGGCUCUCAGUGCGGCUGCCGGCACGGGGGCCAUGGGGAACUCCGCUUCCUCGCUGGCCGCCGAGACCGAGUCGGACCACAGCUUUCCCGGGGGGCCAUCCUUCCCAGGGCCCCCGGCAGCGGCCGGCUGCUGUAGGAGCGGUCCCGGGGCACCUGUCUGGGGCAGUGCCCUGCUUACCCGGCAGCACCACACCCCACGCCCCCAGGCCCGAAGCCACACGCCCUCGCCCGGGCCCAUGGCCACGGUGGGAGAGUGGUCCUGCGCGCGCUGCACCUUCCUGAACCCGGCCGGCCAGCGCCAGUGCUCCAUCUGCGAGGCCCCCCGGCACAAGCCCGACCUCGACCAGAUCUUGCGGCUCAGCGUGGAGGAGCAGAAAUGGCCCUGCGCCCGAUGCACAUUCCGGAACUUCCUGGGCAAGGAGGCCUGCGAGGUGUGCGGCUUCGCCCCAGAGCCCGUGCCUGGCACCUCCCUGUUGCCAGUCAUCAACGGGGUCCUGUCCAAGCCGCCCACCGUCCCGGUGGAGCCCAAGGGCCGCUGCAAGGAGGAGGCGGGUCCAGCGCAGCCAGAAGAGCCAGUGGCCAUGGAGCCAGCGGUGGGCCGGCCCGCGGAGGAGGAGGGGGCGGCAGGACCCGGGAGCGGCUGGGCCUGCCCGCGCUGCACGCUGCACAACACGCCCGUCGCCAGCUCCUGCUCUGCCUGCGGGGGCCCCCGGAAACUCUCGCUGCCCAGGAUCCCUCCGGAGGCUCUGGUGGUCCCCGAGGUUGUGGCUCCCGCCGGCUUCCACAUCACACCUGCCCCACCCCAGCCGGGGGAAGGUGCCGAGGCCGACCCUCCCUCUGCUGCUGACCAGGAGCCGCCCCGCUUGCCACCCUUCAGCCCCUUCUUGCCCACCUUACAGAACAACCCCGUGCCUCGCAGCCGCCGUGAGGUACCCCCCCAGCUGCAGCCACCGGUGCCUGAGGCCGCCCAGCCCUCACCCCCUGCUGGCUUCAAGGGGCCCCCCCAGAGCCCAGGGUGGACUCCAACUGGGGCCUCCCGCCUGGCAGAGCAGCUGGCAGGCAAGCGGCUGAGCGCCCUGGAGGAGGAGGAGGCCGAGGCGGGCUCCGUGCUGCGCCGCUGCAGCUCCUGCUCGGCCCCCGGCCCCUCGAGCCUGUGCGAAGCCUGCGGUGCCGCUCCGGGCAGCGAUGUCAUUGACCUGGCCGGUGACACUGUGCGCUUCACGCCAGCCAGCCCCUCCAGCCCCGACUUCACCACGUGGUCGUGCGCCAAGUGCACGCUCAAGAACCCCACGGUGGCCCCUCGGUGCACGGUGUGCGGCUGCUCCAAGCUGCACGGCUUCCAGGAGCACAGCGAGCCCCCGGUGCGCUGCCCCGACUGCAGCGCCGACAAGCCCAGCCCCUGCGCUGCCCACAGAGCCGGCCGCCUCUUCCCCGAGGCCCCGGAGCGCCCCGGCCAGUGGGCCUGCCCCGCCUGCACGCUGCUCAACGGGCCGCGGGCCAAGCACUGUGCCGCCUGCCACACGCCCCAGCUCCUGGAGGCCCAGCGCCGGGGGGCCGUGCCCCUGAGGCGCAGGGAGAGUAUGCUGGUGGAGAAGCGGCGGCAGACGGAUGAGGGGGAGGCCAAGGCCCUCUGGGAGAACAUCGUGGCCUUCUGCCGGGAGAACAGCGUGAACUUCGUGGAUGACAGCUUCCCCCCCGGGCCCGAGUCUGUGGGCUUCCCUGCAGGCGACAGCGUCCAGCAGCGCGUGAGACAGUGGCUGCGGCCCCACGAGAUCAACUGCUCCGUCUUCAGGGACCACGGCGCCUCCUGGUCCGUGUUCCACACCCUCCGGCCCUCAGACAUCCUCCAGGGGCUGCUGGGCAACUGCUGGUUCCUGAGCGCCCUGGCCGUGCUGGCCGAGCGGCCGGACCUGGUGGAGCGGGUGAUGGUCACGCGCAGCCUGUGCGCGGAGGGCGCCUACCAGGUGCGGCUCUGCAAGGACGGCACGUGGACGACGGUGCUGGUGGACGACAUGCUGCCCUGCGACGAGGCCGGCUUCCUCCUCUUCUCGCAGGCCCAGCGGAAGCAGCUGUGGGUGGCCCUCAUUGAGAAGGCGCUGGCCAAGCUGCACGGCUCCUACUUUGCCCUCCAGGCAGGGCGCGCCAUCGAAGGCCUGGCCACCCUCACCGGGGCCCCCUGUGAGAGCCUGGCGCUGCAGGUCAGCUCCACUAACCCCCGAGAGGAACCCGUUGACACUGACCUCAUCUGGGCCAAAAUGCUGAGUUCUAAGGAGGCUGGGUUCCUCAUGGGCGCCUCCUGUGGGGGAGGCAACAUGAAGGUGGACGAUGCUGCCUACGAGAGCCUGGGCUUGCGCCCCCGCCACGCCUACUCCGUCCUGGACGUCCGCGAUGUCCAGGGCUCCAGCCCCGUGGUCCGCAGGCUCCUGCGCCUCCGGAACCCGUGGGGCCGCUUCUCCUGGAACGGCAGCUGGUCGGACGAGUGGCCGCACUGGCCGGGGCACCUGCGUGGUGAGCUCAUGCCGCACGGCAGCAGCGAAGGAGUCUUUUGGAUGGAGUACAGCGACUUCAUCAGGUACUUCGACUCCGUGGACAUCUGCAAAGUGCACUCGGACUGGCAGGAGGUGCGGGUGCAGGGCUGCUUCCCCAGCUCGGCCAGCGGGCCCGUCGGGGUGACGGCACUCACCGUGCUGGAGCGUGCGUCCCUGGAGUUCGCCCUCUUCCAGGAGGGUAGCAGGCGUGCGGACUCUGCUGACAGCCACCUCCUGGACCUGUGCGUCCUGGUUUUCCGAGCCUCCUUCGGCAGCGGCGGCCGCCUGAGCCUGGGCCGCCUGCUGGCCCACAGCAAGCGAGCUGUCAAGAAGUUUGUCAACUGUGACGUGAUGCUGGAGCCCGGCGAGUACGCCGUGGUGUGCUGUGCCUUUAACCACUGGAGCCCCACCACGCCGGGCCCACUGGCCACCACACAAGCCUCCAGCCCCUCAGCGGGGGUUCCGCGCUGCUCCCCGGAGCCGCCCGGCCAUGUGCUGGCUGUGUACAGCUCAAGGCUGGUCAUGGUGGAGCCCGUGGAGGCCCAGCCAACCACGCUGGCAGACGCCAUCAUCCUGCUCACGGAGAGCCGAGGGGAGCGGCAUGAGGGACGUGAGGGCAUGACCUGCUACUACCUGACGCACGGCUGGGCGGGGCUCAUCGUGGUGGUGGAGAACCGGCACCCCAAGUCCUACCUGCACGUGCAGUGUGACUGCUCCGACAGCUUCAACGUGGUGUCCACCCGCGGCAGCCUGCGCACCCAGGACAGCGUGCCGCCCCUGCACAGGCAGGUCCUGGUGAUCCUGUCCCAGCUCGAGGGCAACGCCGGCUUCUCCAUCACCCACCGCCUGGCACACCGCAAGGCAGCCCAGGCCUUCCUCAGCGACUGGACCGCCUCCAAGGGCACCCACAGCCCCCCCCUCACACCCGAGGUUGCCGGCCUGCACACGCCCCGGCCGUUGUGACCGCCCUGCCCCCGCCUGCCUGCCUCCCACAUGCACUUUAGGAGGGAGACCCCAACAGAAGAUGCUUGAACCAGAAUCUCAGGACCCCACCCAGGGAGCUGCAAGCCACAGAGCAGACCUUCCCCCGGGCCUUCCUCCCUGGGCCUCCCCGCCACCAAGCAGAAUACCUCCACCCGCUUCCAGCGCGAGGGGCCUGCGCCAGCUCCUCUGACCAGCCUGCCUCGAGGCCGGGCUCAGAUUGCCAGGGCUGAGCUGUGGCCGCCCGUCUCCUGUGGGCCUGGGGCCUCCUGCCUGGGUGAGGCAGCCAAGAGCUCCAUUUGCAAAACCAAAUCUGGGCAUGUCAGAGGCUGGGGCCCCAGGGUGAGCAGGGACCACCCCAUCCCCCCUUGUGGGGAUCAGAGCCUGGGACCCCAGGAUGAGCAGGGACCACCCUUGUGGGAGUCAAAGGCCAGGACUCCAGGGUGAGCAGAGACCACCCUCUUGUGGGGUCAGAGGCCAGGACCCCAGUGUGAGCAGGGACCAGCCCCUGGUGGGGCAUGAGCCUCCUAUCCCCAGCUUGCUUCAAGAGCCCAUCUUCCCAACCCUUGGACCCCCACAAGACAAGCAGGGGCCCCUGGAAUCCCAGCAGUGUAUCCCAGGAGGCAGGUGCCUGGCGACCAUGGGCUCAGGGCCAGGGAUGGGGAGGGUCCUAGCUGCCUGCCCCCUCUGGCGACACUAUGCAAUUCCUGGACCGCUAGUCAGGAUCGAAGCCAUGCCCCGGGGACCGCGGGUCAGGAGCUGCCAUUGGUGAGGUGGUUUGUCCUCAGCACCACUGACUCUGCCAGGAAGACCAGGGUCCAAACAGAAGUCCUGGCCAGCCCCGUCCGGCACACACGGAGGUGUGGCUCUCCCCUGCCUCAAGCCUCCCGGCCGCCCUCCCCCAUGGCUGCUCAGAGUCCUGCACCUGCCUGUGCACCUGAGGCCAGCCUCCAGGGGCCCGCCUGGCCUCUGCCCUCCCGCCCCCAGGCAGGGGGCAGCUCUGCCCACCGCCCCUCACUCCCCUAGGGUUUGCGGGGGGUUUACAACUGGAGAAACACCAGGAAGCACUACACUCCCCUUUGGGCCUCCUUUAUAUUUUCUCCUUUUACUCUCGAGCUGUGAAUAUUUUUAACCCUGUACAUACAGCCAGCUCUUCUGACACAGAGACUAUUUUAUCAGCCAUCCCCGCCCCUUAGGAUGAUCCUCCAUGGUGUUUCCAGACUCAGGCUCUGAUGGACCAAAUGAAAUGUUUUGUUUUAUAA